AGCGUCCGAGCGUGUGACGUCAUCACCCGUCGCCUUCUGUUGGAAUUGCCCGCCUCGAUUAGGUUUGAAACGGAGCGUAGUGGGGAUGCAGCCAGGAGCCGGUACUUCACGGUUUGUUUAUUUUAUUUAUUUAUAAAUCGCCGUAUCCUGGUGUGACCCUCCAUCAUGAAGCGCACAGCUCCUCGCAGGGCCAUUAAGGCCAUCAUGAAGAAACAGAACCCAACGCUGCGGAUGGAGACGAACAUAGACCUGCUGGUAAUAAACCUCAGCCAGGACAUUGCAUGCAUGUGUCACCGGUCUGAUGGGAAUUACUGAACCAGAGUCAGUGGCUCUGUGUGUGGCUUAUUAUAAGUGUGUGUGUGUGUGUGUGUAUUAUUACAGUGUGUGUGUGUGAAACCCAGGGUUCCUGGCUGAGAGUGAUGGAGUCCUAUCAGGUGAUUUAUAUUAUGUCACCCAAUGUCAGUGCCUGUUUGAUGUCCUGUCAUUUGUUACACUGUAUAUGUAUGUAGCCACUGCUGUCAACUAUUAUUAACCCAUGUGUGUCAGGGGUAUCUGCAUUUUUCCCAGUUUGCUCUUAUUUGUGUUCAGUGAAGAAUAAACUGACGUCUAGCUUAUAUUGAUUUUCACCUUUCAGCAAAAUUACACCCUGUUUACUACAGUAAAAUGUGACAUCCCGUUCAGCUACUCUUCCUGCAACCUCAUUUUGCUCUCAUGCCCAUAUCAAUCUACUUGCAGCCAUAGUCCCCCAUCUCCUUCCUUUCAUGCAUUUCCAGCAGAUAACUAAUGUGUCUGCUGGUAUUAAAGGAACACUAUAGUGCCAGGAAAACAUACUCGUUUUCCUGGCACCAUUGUGCCCUGAGGGUGCCCCCACCCUCAGGGUCCCCCUCCCGCCGGGCUCUGGAGAGAGGAAAGGGGUUAAACUUACCUUUUUUCCAGCGCCGGGCGGGGAGCUCUCCUCCUCCUCUCCGCCUCCGAUCCUCCUCUUCGGCUGCAUGCGCAGCAGGAGCUGCGCGCGCAUUCAGCCAGUCUCAUAGGAAAGCAUUUACAAUGCUUUCCUAUGGACGCUUGCGUCUUCUCACUGUGAUUUUCAGUGAGAAGCACGCAAACGCCUCUAGCGGCUGUCAAUGAGACAGCCACUAGAGACUUUGGAGGCUGGAUUAACCCUUUUAUAAAAAAGAAAAAGGGGGUUAAUCCUAGAGGGACCUGGCACCCAGACCACUUCAUUAAGCUGAAGUGCCUAGAGUGGUCCUUUUAAUUCCUAUUAAUUUUAAUGUAAUUGAAAAACCCUUGUCCAGCAAGAUUCUAUGGGACAAGUGGUCUAUAGUAGUUUUACACAUCAUACAGGAUGAGAGGACCUGCUCUCUCAUACCACUGCUGUUGACACUUUACGCAUCGCUAUGGACAUCUAUUGGCAAACCCGUGACUUCACUCUCUUUCCUAGGAGAGAGAGCUCAGUCCAGGUUGUGCAUGCGGCCUGUGCGUUGCAUUCCGAUCCCACAGCAUAUAUAUAUACAUACAUAUACACACACACACACAGUCAAGUCCAUAAAUAUUGGGACAUCAACACAGUUCUAAUCUUUUUGGCUCUAUACACCACCACAAUGGAUUUGAAAUGAAAUGAACAAGAUGCGCUUUAACUGCAGACUUUCAGCUUUGAUUUGAGGGUAUUUACAUCCAAAUCAGGUGAACGGUGUAGGAAUUACAACAUUUUGUAUAUGUGCCUCCCACUUUUCACGGGACCAAUUGUAAUGGGACAAUUGGCUGCUCAGCUGUUCCAUGGCCAGGUGUGUGUUAUUCCCUCAUUAUCCCAUUUACAAGGAGCAGAUAAAAGGUCCAGAGUUCAUUUCAAGUGUGCUAUUUGCAUUUGGAAUCUGUUGCUGUCAACUCUCAAUAUGAGAUCCAAAGAACUGUCACUAUCAGUGAAGGAAGCCAUCAUUAGGCUGAAAAAACAAACCUAUCAAAAAAUAGCAAAAACAUUAGGUGUGGCCAAAUCAACUGUUUGGAACCUCCUUAAAAAGAAAGAACACACCGGUGAGCUCAGCAACACCGGAAGACCACGGAAAACAACUGUGGUGGAUGCCCGAAGAAUUCUUUCCCUGGUGAAUUAAACACCCUUCACAACAGUUGGCCAGAUCAUCAACACUCUCCAGGAGGUAGGUGUAUGUGUGUCAAAGUCAACAAUCAAGAGAAGACUUCACCAGAGUGAAUAGAGGGUUCACCACAAGAUGUAAACCAUUGGUGAGCCUCAAAAACAGGAAGGCCAGAUUAGAGUUUGCCAAACAUCUAAAAAAGCCUUCACAGUUCUGGAACAACAUCCUAUGGACAGAUGAGACCAAGAUCAACUUGUACCAGAGUGAUGGGAACAGAAGCGUAUGGAGAAGGAAAGGAACUGCUCAUGAUCCAAAGCAUACCACCUCAUCAUUGAAGCAUGGUGGUGGUAGUGUCAUGGCGUGGGCAUGUAUGGCUGCCAAUGGAACUGGUUCUCUUGUAUUUAUUGAUGAUGUGACUGCUGACAAAAGCAGCAGGAUGAAUUCUGAAGUGUUUCGGGCAAUAUUAUCUGCUCAUAUUCAGCCAAAUGCUUCAGAACUCAUUGGACGGCGCUUCACAGUGCAGAUGGACAAUGACCCGAAGCAUACUGCAAAAGCAACCAAAGAGGGAAAGAAGUGGAAUGUUAUGCAAUGGCCAAGUCAAUCACCUGACCUGAAUCCGAUUGAGCAUGCAUUUCACUUGAUGUAGACAAAACUGAAGGGAAAAUGCCACAAGAACAAGCAGGAACUGAAGACCGUUCCAGUAGAGGCCUGGCAGAGCAUCACCAGGGAUAAAACCCUGUGUCUGGUGAUGUCUAUGCGUUCCAGACUUCAGGCUGUAAUUGACUGCAAAGGAUUUGCAACCAUGUAUUAAAAAGUGGAAGUUUGAUUUAUGACUGUUAAUCUGUCCCACUACUUUUGGUCCCUUAAAAAGUGGGAGGCACAUAUACAAACUGUUGUAAUUCCUACACCCUUCAUCUGAUUUAGAUGUAAAUACCCUCAAAUUAAAGAUGAAAGUCUACAGUUAAAGCACAUCUUGUUUGUUUCAUUUCAAACCCAUUGUAUUGGUGUAUAGAGCCAAAAAGAUUAGAAUUGCGUUGAUGUCCCAAUAUUUAUGGACCUGACUGUGUAUAUGUAUAUAUCUAUCCCCCUCUCCCUGCGGUAGAAAAUAAACCAAUAUCACUGGGUUCCAACUGUUGUGCUAUAAUGUGUUUUAUUGUUGUAGAAAAUGUCUGUUAGUAACAAAGUUUUAUAUUUAUAUAUGCUCUACAUCCAUGGAGAAACUUUCUCAGCAUUCGUGUAUGCAUGUACUGCUUUGCAUGGUGUAACUAAUUAGUGCACUGUGUGCAUGGCAAAUUAAGAAAAUUAAUUUGAUUUAAAAUAUAGCGCUAUUUUCUUUGUUUUAGUUAGCUUUUUUGUUUAACUAAAAUUUCAUAAUUGACAUUUCUUCUGUAAAGCCCACAAUGUUAAGUGUUCAUUUUAAAUGUAAAGACAUUUGUGGUUAGCUGAGCAUUCUAGAGCUAGUAGCCCCAUAGCAAGUGAACCGCUUUAUCAGCUCUGAAAGCUUUGCAUGUAUCAAUAGAUCACAAACAUGUAUAUGCUGAAAUAAAAAUAAUCUGGAUGAUUGGAGGCAUGUUGAUUUCAAUUGAAGGGGUAAAUCCUACAUUAUUCUGCAAAUCUAAAAAGGUAAACACUAGCAAUCAAUGAUAGGAUCUCUGUUUAUCUAGGAUUGUCAAGUCCUGUAUGAACGAUUUUAAAUGUCACUUGCUGCAUUAAGUAAUUUAUUACCAUGUAAAUCACCCAAUAUUAAUACAGGUUUUAUUUCUUCUUUAGAUCCAUUUAAACUGCCUGCUGUUUCUCCAAAGGUUGGCCACUGAGUCCCGGUUAAAAGCAUGUGAGGAAAAGUCCUCCGUGAUAAAACCUGAACAUAUCAAAGCCGUUUCAAAGGUAGCACAAUUACUUUAAACAGGAUCUAUUAUGAAAUGGUAACUGGCAGGUUAUCCAGAAUUUUAAUCUCUAAGCACUGGUGUCAUCAACAGUUGAACUAGUAUACACAUAAGUGCCACUACACUAUCUGCAUUUGACAUCUUUAUCAACUAGUGUUUAACUCUCAAGACAAAUCUGUCACCACCACUGACCACCAUUUAGUAAAACAAGUACUGUGGCAGAAGGCCAUACUCCUCUACCUCUGUUCUGCUGGCAUCUCUUCUUCUCUAAUGUGUUAUUCAUUGUGUCGCUCAGAUUUCUUCCUGCAUUGUAUCCUGGUAUGAAACAAUGCUACAAUCUCACCAGAUGCGUUGCAUUUGAUCCCAUGAUCUGCUUCUUCCCUGCAUUCUGUUACGCUCUAAGUAAUGACUUAGUAGGACAAUGUAAGCACAAAGUCUUUUCAUCUUGAUGAAGAUCUAUUGAUACAUAGGUGCUGCCCCUGCAGCCCUACAGAUGAAAACCGUGCAGUUUCUGAAAAAUGGCACUGUUCAAAGCUGCUUUCAGACAGAUAACUGUUUAAGUCUGCACAUUGAAUCAGAUGAAAUUCUGGCAUCAUUUUGAUGUCUGGUGUUACCGUGUAAAACAUGCAGAAACUGUGUACAUCCAAUUCUACUCAAUGAUGGAUCUAGGCAGUUGUUGUGCCUGUGCCAUCAAAUGAGAAGCAUGUGAUUGAGCAAAUGUCAUCAGGAUUCAUGCUCACUGUUUAGUAGGCAUGCCUCUACUCGCGGCAUAUUUUAAUAUUUUAAUCUCUCUAAUGCUACUAUGGGGGUCAUAUUGACCCCCAUAGAGUGAGGGAGGACAUGGGGGCUUAGGAAGUGGCAGGGAGCACAGAUAUUACAAGGAGGGAGCUGCGCGCCGGUCUUUCUGACAAAUGAAAAAAUAGAUGAAAUUCCCAUUCGCAUGCCCAAGUGUUUAACUGGGCAUGUGCGGGAAUUUCACAGCGUUCUCUAGUGUGGGCAGAUGACGUGUCCCACAGGGACUUCAUCUACCCCCACAAAGAUGGCUGUACUCAGGACCUAGGUUUGGGCAGAAAAUAAAGAGUAAAAAAAAUAGGUAAUAUGGGGACUUAGGGGCAUUUGGGGGUGACUAGUGGGACAAUUGGAUGCAGUGGAUUCGGGAGGGGGAGUUAAAAAAACAAAAAGGGAUUCAGCCAUGACAGUGCCGCUUUAACAUACAGUUCCUUCCCAACAUUCCUUUAAAUGUCGCUACUUACAAUUUCUGUUGACCCAUACCAAAAAUCACCUGGACAAAAAUACCAUGCCACAUAUAAAUUUUCUAAACACUUAGGAAGGAAAACCAUGCUGCCGCUAAUACUAAAUAAAAAUGAAUUAGCAGUGAGUAAAAUUUUUUUUUUUUUUUUUGGUCCUAUAGUGGCAGUACCCCCAGUAAUUUAGCAUGUAUAAUACACUAGAAAGGUUGUGUCAGUUCUUCACUGUGAUAACUGCUUGCAACACCUUUCUCCCAAAUUUUUCAUUAAAAGCUCAAAUGUCUAGCCAUUUUGUAAAUGUGUGAUCAUGUUGCAUCCUUGCAUUUCAUAUCCAGUGAUGUGUGGGUUAUUUCUGUUCACAACGUUGACGUAGCUCUUGUACAAUAUGCUUUAAUUUUUCAGGAGCAGUUGUUUUUAAUCAAACAGACCUGUCUUAUAGAGCUGAAUACCCUAUGGUAUUGAUGCUAUAUACGACAUUGAAAAAAAUACAGGUUCUGUCUGUUUGUAAAAUCAUAAACCACCAAAAUUCUAAUCCCCAUCUAGUAAUACCCUAUAUGGAUUACUGUAGCUUUGCUAUCCCCUCUGCAUAAAUUCUUCUGCUAGUUGCAUUUACCUUACUUCAUCAAUCUGCUUCUUUAUACUACCAGUCUCUCCACUGGUGCCACACCUGUUCCAGGAUAAUCACACUAUCAUCCAUGCCUAACUAGCUCAAACAGUAGACUGCCAGACAUGUAUCUCUGCUGUUCUCUCCAAAUACUCUCCCACCAUCCCUAUUCUUCUGCCCAGGAAUUGCACCUCUUCUUGUUUUUCAUAAUUACACCCACUAAUGUCUCCAGAACAUCUUCCAUGCUGCAUCUACUCUAUAAAAUGCCUUGUCUUUUUCUGUCACAUGUGCCUCCACAUCCUAAUUUAAUGUCACUAUUAACAGACCACAUUUCAUAUUGGUGCAAAUGGUAAUGUCAAAUGAGGGGCAAAGUCUUGUACUCUUCCCUGCAUUGUGUCAGAGUUUAUUUGUCUUUUUAAAAUAUAUAAAUGUAUUAUUUAUUUAAAGAGUUACCCCAAGCACAAUUUUGACUUCAGCGAUAUAAAGUGGUCAUGGUGUUUGGAGUCUGUAUAUGCAGCAUUUCAGUAUAAAAUGUAGCCUAUACAGAGAUAUUUUAUAUUGUUGCCAGAAAUGCAAUUCCACAUACAACCCAUACAGCAGUCAGUGCAAUUCCACAUACAGCAUAUUCCAUGCACAGAUCAAGACAUUAAUAAAUGAUGAGAUCCGCAUGCGUCUUCUGCAGAGCUGUCACACGAUAGCAAUGCAGACUCUUUUUACCUGGACUCGUGCGGAGGGGAAACAGUGGCAAAUCUUUUUGGCCUAUUACUGGGAAACGGCACCAGGGUACUCCCAGCAUCAUAACCACUACAGUGUGCAUAAACUAUCAAAUGAGGAUCAGUGAAGCUUUUGUAUUGGAUUGUUUGAUUUUCUGGUUGAAUAUUAACUCAUUCAUUAAACAGAUAUUCAUUUAUUUUACAUGCUUGCAUUUGUUUUUCAGAUAGUUUUAAAAAAAUCCAAAGGCUAAAAUUGAUGGAAAGCUAAAGAAGAGAACUCAAUUUCAUCAUGAGGUGUCAAUUGUCUGAUACUUAAAUUGUUUUAUUUAUAAUUAUCACCUUUUGUUUAUUUUAAUAAAGUUGUUACAAGACUUACAAUAUUGUGUAAUGCAUUUUUUUU